CCGCAAUAAAAUGUCAUAACGUGCAAAAGUCGACACGAGUUCAAUUGGUAAUAUCUUCUUUAUUGUGUUUAAUUUUAUGUUUGAACUAUACGCGUGGAGAAAACGUCAAGACUGGGUUGUAUUCGAUAGAAAGAAAUUCAGUAUCCGACUGUGAUAAAAGUUGGGAGGUGUAACAACUAAGGAUGGCACACUCUGACAGCCACAAGGCUCUGUACGCCAAGAUGAUUGUUGAUGUAGUUUUGUCUCCACUCUUUGAAAGGUUGGAGAAAAAGGAUCUUGCAGCCUCACAGACUCUUCGGGCAGCUUUCACAAAGGUGGAUUCUCAACUACCAGGCUUCACAUAUGACUUUGCCCUGGGCCUGCUGAGGAAGGCCGAGAUACAGGACAAACUUGAUAUGAGUGAGACCCUACUCAGACUUGGUGGAACUCCAGAGUCUGAAGACCUGAGAAUCACAAGGCCAGAAAAUACAUUCCAAGAACUCAAUAGAUGUGCUGUGGCGCUGAAAAAAAUCCUCAGCAGAAUUCCUGAACAGAUUUACGACAGAAAACAGUUUCUAGAAACAAUCAAAGAGAUCGCGAGCGCAAUCAAGUUGCUGUUGGACGCUGUUAACCGCGUUAUUGGCGAGGUGCCGUCUUCUGAGAACGGAAGCAAACAAAUCUUGGAAGACAGGAAGCGGGAGUUUGUCCGUUACUCUAAGAAGUUCAGCAACACAUUGAAGGAAUUCUUCAGGGAACCCAACCAGAACCACAAUGUUUUCCUGAGUGCCAACUACCUGACAUAUCAAACCAACCUGAUCCUGAGAACUGUGAAACAGGAGUGUGGAUAAUCGCCUCACAGUGCCACCUACACAAGCAACGCUGGGGCCGAAACAUGAGAGUUGUCAUCCGGUUACAGUGAUUCUUGACUCUUGAUGUUUUUCAGUGACAAAAUGUUUUUCUCCUUGAAAAUUAAUUUACUUCUGUAGCAUAGAACUUUAGUUGUAUUAAGUCAUGCCAAACUGAUUCCAUGUGUAGCGUUUAGGGGCAAUUGGUUUUUCAACAUUUAAAAUGAAAAACAAAAGCAUUUUCAAAAAACAAAUUUAGCAAAAGAAUUAACCUUCUAACCCCAAUUUCUCGAAACUUCUUAAGCUUAACAGACUUAUUGCUUAUUACAAUUAGCCAAAAUACAUACUUAAUUUUGAUAAAUGAAAAAUGGUUUAUUCUGAUAAUCGUUACAAUAAUUCCUAUCUAAAGUAUUAAAACUUUUAAAGGAGUAUAUAAAAUGCAAAAUAUUGAAAAACUAAAAUAGUGGGUUUAGCUUAAUCCUGUUAUAAGGGACUUUUGAGAAAAGUUUUGAGAAAUUGGGGCCUGGCAAUUAAUGAUGAAAAUAAUAAUUAUAUGAGUCAAGAAAUAUAUUUUUAUGCCCCCUGAAGGUGGGCAUAUUAAAAUCGCACCGUCCGUCCGACUCAAUAACUCAGAAUAUUAAAUUUAAAUUUUAAAAUAACUUGCCACAUGUGUUCGGCAUACCAAGACGACGUGUCGCAUUCAAGAACCGUUUCCCUACCUCUAAGGUCAAGGUCACCCUUAGGUGUUUAUUCACAAUAGAAUGCUGCAUAUAAGGACAUAGAGUAUAGGUUGUCAUGUCCGGGCUGUAACUUUCCCUUGUAUGGACAGAUUUUAAAAUAACUUGCCACAUGUGUUCGGCAUACCAAGACAACGUGUUGCGUGCAAGAACCGUGUCCCUACCUCUAAGGUCAAGGUCACACUAAGGUGUUUAUUCACGAUGGAAUGCUGCAUAUAAGGACAUAGAGUAUAGGUUGUCGUGUCCGGGCUGUAACUUUCCCUUGUAUGGACAGAUUUUAAAAUAACUUGCCACAUGUGUUCGGCAUACCAAGACGACGUGUCCGUGCAAGAACCGUGUCCCUACCUCUAAGGUCAAGGUCACACUUAGGUGUUUAUUCACGAUGGAAUGCUGCAUAUAAGGACAGAGAGUAUAGGUUGUCGUGUCUGGGCUGUAACUUUCCCUUGUAUGGACAGAUUUUAAAAUAACUUGCCACAUGUGUUCGGCAUACCAAGACGACGUGUCGCAUGACAGACCCGUGUCCCUAUCUCUAAGGUCAAGGUCACACUUGGGUGUUUAUUCACAAUGGAAUGCUGCAUAUAUAUGGACAUAACAGUGUCGGUUGUCAAGUAUGGGUGGUAUUUUUUUAUGUUUAGAGGCAAUUUAAAAUAACUUGCCAUAUGUAUUUGACAUGUAAAAGCAAGAUCAUUUUUUCAUGUACUGACCUUGUUCAUAGGUCAAUGUCACAAUCGGAGGCAUUCGUCACAUACUGUGACAGCUCUUGUUAAACAUCUGUUUUUAUUUUUAAGGUCCUGUAUAUUUGUAUAUGAGGUUUUCUUUUUGAUUUUCAUUGGAAAAUCUGCCAUAAUUGGUAUUUGUAUGUACACAUUUGUUGCAAAAAGAUCCACUUUUUCGGUGGCAUUAGUAAAAUAUUGGCUGAUAAUCACAUAAGAACCCUAUUUCCAUAAGGUACACCUGAAUCAAAUAACGACUGUUUAGUUGAAAAAAAUUAAGGUAACCAAUAGAAACAGGAUGGGAAAUGCUAAGCCCCGUUUUCACAUGUUUUUUUACAGUUACUUUAAGAUGGAGAUUUUCUAAGCAAUAACCUAUAUCAUAAUUGUGCUAUCUGUUGACAAUUUUUAAGCCAAGGUGACCUAGAUGGCACUCCAUGCUAACAUACCUUUCGAUAGGAUUUUGGUUGUAAUGCGCUAAUAGAUAGUUAACAUCUCCUGAUCGCACCCCUGACGCUAAACAUAGAAUCAACAUUGCUUGGCCUUGUUGUGAUUUUGUAUGUUAUGAAACAUAGAGUACAUAACAUAAGAUUUAUAAAUUACUUGAUAACUCUGCUUUGAGGAAGCCAUGAAAGUAAAUGCCAUUUAGUAUGGUUUCGUUUUUUUAUCUGUUCAUAUCAUAUUGUUUGCAUCUUUUUAUUUAAUUUUUCGAUUGAUUGUUUUGAUUUUAAACACACAGCAUUCCAUGUGUAGGACUUUACAAUGUAACUACAAAUAUCCUCUUUGUAAUGUCACAAGAAUCAGUUUAACUUCUGUUGUAUGUCUAUUAUACUUUAUAUAAUACAUGUAUAUUAUGUUGUUGCAAAAGGAUUGGAUAUUUAAAAUACUUAAUGAUUCGUAAAAUGUAAAUAAAAGACAAAUAUUUUCGUACACAUGUAUUUGGAGAAAUACACAAGUAACAUUCUU